UCGUUCUAGACGGUGUCAUUUGCUAACUACUCGCAGUAUUUCGAACAUUUCGAGUGAAUCACUCCAGAUAUCCAUCAUCUUGCUUGAUUCUACUGCUAUACUAGCGCUUCACUUUCACCCAUCUCUUCGCGACGCUUAGAUAGCCUGUGCGCAGACCACACCAAAACAUCAACAAAAACACCAAACCUCGAAGAAUCAAGAUGAAGUUCUCCAUGUUCGCCGUCGCCGUUCUGCCGGCUCUUGCUCUCGCUCAGUCAACCACCACUGAGACGUCGACGACCAUCCUCACCAAGACUGUCACUCUCAAGAAGGUCCACACUGUCACUUCUAUUUCCACCACCGCUGCUCACAACACCACCACUGCCGCUGCUACCACCUCAGCCAGCCAUCAGUCUGUCGGCACUGCUGUCAGCUCGACUGCUUUCCACCCUACAACUGUUGCCACCUCUGGCGCCCCCAUCGCUACUGUUACCAAGGGCCCCCAGAACGCUGGCGUUGCUCUUGAGGCUAGCAAGAUCGCUCUGGCUGGUGUUGCCGGCAUGAUCAUGGUCGCUUUCUUGUAAACCCCUGCGGCUUUGCAAUGUAUGGAGUGUGGACAUCUAAAGAGGAUGAUGUGGAUUGCUUCUUGAUCCACUGAAGCCAUCUUGACUUCUUCGCUCGUUUCUUCGUUUUCCUUUGUCAGCUUGAAACAAAAAAUCCAUUCUUCUGUAUGACAAUCUACGAAUAUCUACGACCCGCCGACGACUUGGCAACGUGCUUCCGCUGGAAAGGGACGGGUUCUUUUCGUCCACAAAGGCCUGGCGGUCUAAUUCAUUUCUCAUUUUACCCUUUUUGCCUGUGUUUACGCGC